CUCGCUCUGGCUAGCGGAAACAAACUCUUAGCUCCCAGUAGGUGGGCGAAAACCCGCUUCCUUUCUGCUCUCAAACCUCCCUAAACAGCCCGCCCGGCACAUACACGAGCAGAGGAACCUACAGCCGCGGGUAAUGGACACCUGGGCGGUGGGAGCGAACCAGCGCCGAUAGCACGGGAGGCUGCCGCGGCUCCGGGCUCGCAGCUCUGGGAUGGCGCAGGCGCAGUUGAGCCCGACGAGACCCGCUAAAGGAGCCACAAAAUGAGUGUUAUAUCUGGAUCUGCGUGAGCGAGCACGGCUGGUUUAGGGUUUUAACUCCGCUCGUCAGCUUUUAUCGGUUUCCAAAGGGCUCCUGGAUGCUGAUGGGGGGAGUAUAGCGGCGAGGCCUGGUCGUUAGCUGCUGUAGUUGGCCGGUCCACCGCCCCGAUGAAGGAGUACAAAGUGGUCGUGCUGGGCAGCGGCGGCGUCGGCAAGUCCGCGCUCACCGUGCAGUUCGUGACCGGCACCUUCAUCGAGAAGUACGACCCCACCAUCGAGGACUUCUACCGCAAGGAGAUCGAGGUGGACUCGUCCCCGUCCGUGCUGGAGAUCCUGGACACGGCGGGGACGGAGCAGUUCGCCUCCAUGCGGGACCUGUACAUCAAGAACGGGCAAGGCUUCAUCCUGGUGUACAGCCUGGUCAACCAGCAGAGCUUCCAGGACAUCAGACCAAUGCGAGACCAAAUAGUGAGGGUGAAGAGGUUCGAGAAGGUGCCAUUGAUCCUGGUUGGCAACAAAGUGGACCUGGAGUCUGAGCGCGAGGUCUCAGGAUCAGACGGGCGAGCUCUGGCUCAAGAGUGGGGCUGCCCUUUUAUUGAAACCUCGGCCAAGAGCAAGACUAUGGUGGAUGAGCUGUUUGCAGAGAUAGUCCGACAGAUGAAUUACUCCACACUGCCGGAGAAGCAGGAACAGUGCUGCACAGCCUGUGUGGUACAGUGAACAAAGAGACUUCAUUUGUCCGGAUCACCACUAACAUUUUAUUGAACCUGGGGACAAUCUGGCUUUCAACGUGUCUGAAAAAAAACUUAUCGCAUCAGGUAAUGUUUCUGACUGUCACAGGCAAACUGACAGGAAAGGCAUCUGUCCUAUUUUUGAUAUCAUAACUGUUCGAAGAUGCUUCUGCUGCAACCUCAACGGCCUUUGCGAUGAGCCAGGAAGCAAACAGACAGAGACUUUUGAAGAGCAGCCAUCUGUGAAUUUCUGUCUUUUAUUUUUUCUCCUUAUAGAUGGAAGUAUCUGAAAUACAAAGCAAGAGUGUUUGUGAGGUUGCAGCUUCUUUUUAAAGCUGCUUUAAUUAAUAUUCUUUAUUAUUACUUGUAUUAUGGCUCAUAUUUGGAAUUUGAUAUAGUAUUUCAUAAUUUUGAAACAUUUUGACUAAAGCAUGCAUAGCCAAACUAGUGUGCUGCUCGGGUGUACUGCUCACCUUAUUUUUAAAUCUUGUCAUAAGUAGUUGUUCUAACUGCCACAAACAACAAGACUUUAUUUUAUUUUUUUGUCUGUUUUCUUCAAAGUUUCUGGACAUUUAAAACCUGGUGUACGGCUGUGGAUUAAACUUGUUACAAUUACGUCAUAGUAGGGUAAUUGAAUUUUUUUAAUUAACUCAGUAACCUGAAGCAGCUCAACUCAUCUGAAAGCAUGCUCCAAAGUGAAAAUGUUCAAACACCUAAAUCAACUUGAAGUGACAAGGAAUGAGCCAUUUAUCUGUUUUAAAUUCUUUUUUUUUUUUUUUUUUUUAAUUUCUUCGCCUGAAUUCUGUCAUCGUCUCUAAAAGGGACGAUUCAUCUGGACGCAGGUCUUCCAUUUUCAGUUUUAUUAAGGAGUCUGUGUAGAUUUUGGAACGACCAAAGUAAGCUAACACUCCAUAUUUGUGUUGGAUGGUGUAGUGUGUGUGUUGCUUUAAAUUCAGGAGACGCUUCUUGUUAUUAAGUAACUCAAGUUGCAAUGUGGUUUGAUAAAAGUUCUGGCACAAUUAAUCAGA